ACCGUCGACUUCUCAGUUCUCUCUCCUUCUAACUCUCGCCCUAUAAAUCCAUCUCUCGUCCGUCUCCUUCGGCUUCAGAAGCUACCUCGCUCGGACGACCAGAGGCAUCCUGUCUACUUGCUAGCUAGAACUUCUCCUAGCUUCAUGCAUGUGUACAUAGCUAGAUAGAUAAACAUAUAUACAGCGCGCGUUGCGUACACGGUGCGAUACGACCAAUAGGCAAUGGAGGGGCUGCCGGCGCAGGUGGAGGUUCCAUCGUACUUCCUGUGCCCGAUCUCCAUGGAGAUCAUGCGGGACCCUGUGACGCUCUCGUCCGGGAUCACCUACGACCGGGAAAGCAUCGAGCGCUGGGUGUUCACCGACGGCCACGGUGAGUGCCCGAUGACCAAGCAGCAGCUCGGUGCCGCCGACCGGGAGCCCACGCCCAACCACACGCUCCGCCGGCUCAUCCAGGGCUGGUGCUCGGUGCACGCGGUCGAGAGGUUCCCCACCCCGCGCGCUCCCAUCGAUGCCGCGCGCGUGGAAACCAUCGUGGACGCGGCCAGGCGGGGGCAGGACCUGCUGGUGGCGUCCCUGAAGGAGCUCGCGGACAUCGUCGCCGAGAGCGAUUGCAACCGGCGCUGCGUCGAGAGCACACCGGGCGCCGUGGCGUUCCUCGUGUCCGUCGUCAAGAAGCACGCCGCAGACGAGACCCCCAAGCCUUUAGAAUCCCAGGAGGAUCAUAUGUUCGGCACCCUGGUCGGGUCGCCAAAGGCGAGCUCGCCGGAGGACGUAGCUUUAAGCAUUCUAUAUUCACUUAGACUCUCCGAGGGAAGCUGGAAGAGAGUCUUGGAACGCGGCGACAAUUUCUUGGAUACCAUGGCGUCCGUGCUGAGGCGGCCAAGCUACCUCUCACGCACGCACGGCAUCCAGCUUCUCAAGGCGGCGGUUUCGGAGAUGCCGCCAUCGCAGCUGACCUCGGCAAGCGCCGAGCUGGUGGAGGGAGUGGUGUCGGUGGUGACAGACAAGCUUUCCGGGAAGGCAGUCAAGAUCGCACUCCAGGUGCUCUGCCGGCUCUGCCUCUGGGGCCGGAACCGCGUCAAGGCCGUCGAGGCCGGCGCCGUCGGGGCACUCGUGGAGUUGCUCCUCGAUGAGUGCUGUGGAGGAAGCAAGCGGGCGUCCGAGCUCGCGAUCGUGGUAAUGGACCAUCUCUGUGGCUGCGCUGAAGGGCGUUUGGAGCUUGUGGCGCACCCGGCAGGUCUGGCGGUUAUGGCGAGGGCUGUGACACGAGUGUCCGCCGCGGGGACGGAGAGCGCGGUGCGCGCCCUGCACGCGGUGGCGAGGCACUCGGCGACCCCAGCAGUGUUGCAGGAGAUGCUGGCGGUCGGGGUGGUGGGGAGGCUGCUGUUCCUGGUGCAGACCGGCGCCGCCGGCGAUCGGCCGAGGGAAAGGGCGAGGGAGAUGCUCAAGAUGCACGCCAGGGUGUGGAGAGGCUCGCCGUGCUUCACGCCAGAACUGAAUGCAUCCUACCCUUCUUGAUAUCACAUGAAAGUAUCUUCUUUGCCUUAUCAUGCAGUUGUCUUUUUAGGUUUCCUAAUCUGGCCAUUUUUGGGUGUGAAGAUUGUAUUGAUUGUUACAACCGACCAGGAAGUUUGAUGCUCUCUGAAACUGGGGAGAACAUUUGCAAAAAUGAGUAUGUUCAAAACUGUACAUUUUGAAGACAACA